AUGGGAAGCAAGGAACUGACCUUUGAUAUCGAGGCACGGCAGGCACUUUUGGCGGGGGUUGAGAAGCUCGCCGCGGCGGUGAAGGUGACGCUUGGGCCUCGCGGUCGCAAUGCGGUGAUCGACAAGUCGUGGGGUGGUCCGACGGUGACCAAGGACGGCGUUUCGGUUGCUGAAGAGGUUGAGCUGGUCAACAAAGCGGAGAACAUGGGCGCGAAGCUUGUGAAGGAAGCGUCCUCGAAGACCUCCGAUGAUGCUGGCGACGGCACUACCACGGCGACUGUGCUCGCUGAGGCGCUGUUUAAGGAAGGGCUGCGUUACAUCGCUGCUGGGGUCGAUGCGAAUGCGUUGGUUCGCGGCAUGAAGAAGGGGAUCGAGAUCGCGGCUCAGUCGAUUGACGACAUGGCGACUCCGGUUCAGGGGAAGAAGGACAUCGAGAAUGUUGCGACGAUCUCGUCGAACAACGAUCCGGAGACCGGCAAGAUCAUGGCUGGUGCAUUCGAGAAGGUCGGCAAGGACGGCGUGAUCACGGUUGAAGAGGGCAAAGGGCUCGAGACCGAUGUGACUGUGGUCGAGGGGAUGCAGUUUGAUCGUGGGUUCUUGUCGCCAAACUUUGUGACUGAUGUUGAGGACAUGAAGGUUGUGCUCGACAAGUGUCUCGUGCUGGUGCAUGAGGACAAGAUUGACAAUAUUCAGAAGCUUGUCCCGUUGCUUGAGAAGGUCAUGGAGGCGAAGAAGCCACUGCUGAUCAUCGCUGAGGACAUCACGGGUGAGGCGCUUUCCACGCUGGUGAUCAACAAGCUCCGCGGCACGCUUCAGGUGUGCGCGGUCAAGGCGCCGGGGUACGGCGAUCGUCGCAAGCAGAUGCUGCAGGAUAUUGCUGUUCUCACGGGCGGCGAGGCGUUUAUGAAGGAUCUGGCGACGGAUCUGGACAAGGUCUCGAUCGCUCAGCUUGGUCUUGCGAAGAAGGUUGAGAUCAGCAGCGACAACACGACCAUCAUCGAGGGUGCGGGUUCGACUUCGGAUAUCCAGAGCCGCAUUGCUCAGAUCCGCGCAGAGAUCGAUAACUCGACCUCGGAUUACGAUCGCGAGAAGCUCCAGGAGCGUCUGGCGAAGCUGACAGGCGGCGUUGCUCAGAUCAAUGUCGGCGCGGGAUCGGAAGCGGAACUCAAAGAGAAGAAGGCACGCGUCGAGGACGCGCUGCACGCGACUCGUGCGGCGCUCGCUGAGGGCAUCGUCGCGGGUGGCGGGACCAGUUUCAUCCGUGCUCAGAAUGUCAUCGCGAAGAACAAGGACUGGAAGGGUGUGUUCGGCAAGGCGACUGAGGUGUCGUCCGAUGAUGUCGGACAGCUCAAAUACGACUUCGCGGCUGGACUCAAUGUCGUGUAUCGCGCCCUCUCCGUCCCGCUUCGCACGAUCGCGGAGAACGCGGGGGCAAAGGGAUCGGUCGUGGUUGCGAAGGUCUCGGACGCUGAGGGUUCCAACGGCUACAACGCGCUGACCGAUACCUACGAGGACCUGCUCAAGGCGGGCGUGAUGACUCCGGCGAAGGUCGAUCGUUCGGCGCUUGUGAAUGCGGGAUCGGUCGCGACUGUGCUGCUUGCUGCGGAUUGCAUUGUGACGGACAAGCCUGAGAAGGGUGUGUCGGAUGAUCACGGUGCUGGCGGCGACCCGAUGGCGGGUAUGGGCGGCAUGGGUGGUAUGGGCGGGAUGGGUAUGCCUGGAAUGGGCGGCAUGGGCGGAAUGCCUGGUAUGGGUGGGAGAGGUGGAAUCGACGCAAAAACAUUCACAGAUGUGUCGCCACAGACAGCGCGCCUUGGCAUGUAUGACGCGUAUUGGCAGCACCUGAUACAGCAGGAAUCGAUGACCUCUUCCGGGCUGUACUUGCCUGAGUCGAGUAAGGAGAAGCCGAUUCAGGGGACGGUCGUUGCGGUCGGGCCUGGGAAGCGGCUUGAGAACGGCACGCUCGGUGAGAUGAGCGUGGGUGUUGGUGAUCGUGUGGUCUACUCGACCUACGCGGGCACUGAAGUUGAUAUCGAUGGCGUAGAGCAUCUGAUUCUCCGUGAAUCAGAACUGCUCGGUAGAGCGAUGAGCAAUAAACAGAUCAUGUUUGAAGACAAGGCGCUUCUUGAGAUGAAGAAGGGCGUUGAUAAGCUGACCGAUGCGGUCAAGUGCACGAUGGGGCCUGCGGGUCGGCAUGUCGUGAUCGAGAAGUCGUACGGCGGUCCGCAUGUGACCAAGGACGGUGUUUCGGUUGCGAAGGAAAUCGAACUCCCAUCACAGUUUGAGUCGAUGGGCGCGAAGAUGCUGCAUCAGGUUGCGAAGAAAACCGCUGACAAGGCGGGCGACGGCACGACCUGUGCAACGGUCCUCGCUCAGGCGAUCUUCACCGAAGGGCUGAAGGUAGUCGCGGCGGGUGCGAACCCUGUGCAUGUCCAGCGCGGCAUCAACAAGGCAGCACAAGCAGCGAGCGAAGCGAUCGACUCGCUCGCGACCCCAUGCAAGGGCAAGGCGGAUCUCAAGAAGAUCGCGACGGUCUCGGCGAACCACGACGAGAAGGUCGGCGAGCUGAUCGCGGAAGCGAUCCAUAAGGUCGGUCACGAGGGCGUGGUCGAGAUCGAGAACGGCAACUCCAACGAGACGACGCUUGAGUAUGUCGAGGGGAUGCAGUUUGAUAAGGGGUACUUGUCGCCUUACUUCAUGACGAAUCCGACGACUGGUGAGUGUGAGCUUGAGGAUCCGAUGAUCCUGAUCCACGAGAAGAAGAUCAGCAAUCUUGCGGAUCUGCUCCCGCUGCUCAAUAAGGUCGCGACUGCUGGGAAGCCGUUGCUGAUCAUCGCUGAGGAUAUCGAGAACGAGGCGCUCGCGGCUCUGGUUGUGAAUCGUCUGCGUGGCACGCUCAAUAUCUCCGCUGUGAAGGCGCCUGGGUUUGGUGAUCGUCGCAAGGCGAUGCUGGAAGACAUCGCGGUCUUGACUGGCGGCGUGUACUUCAGCGAGGAUCUGGGCCGUUCGCUUGAGUCGAUCGAGCUCAACGAGCUUGGGAAGGCGAAGAAGGUCACGAUCUCCAAGGACAACACCACCAUGGUCAAGGGUGGCGGCAAGAAGGCGGAGAUCGCGGCUCGUGCGGCGACCAUCAAGGCGCAGCACGACAAGUCGACCAGCGAUUACGAUCGCGAGAAGCUCAUGGAGCGUCACGCGAAGCUGACUGGUGGCGUUGCGAUCAUCAAUGUCGGUGGUGUCACUGAGCAAGCGAUGAAGGCGACCAAGGACCUUGUUGAGGACGCGAUGCACGCGACUCGUGCGGCCGCGAAGGAAGGAUUCGUUCCUGGCGGCGGCGUGACGCUGAUCCGUGCUUCGGACAUGCUCGGCGCUGCUCAGAAGAAGGUCAAGGGCGACGAGAAGUUCGGCUUUGACAUCGUGAUGCGUGCGAUGUCCGCUCCGGCGUGGCAGAUCGCGGACAAUGCUGGGUUUGAUGGCGAUCUCGCUGUGGAAACCAUCCGCGAGGAAGAAGGAUCGGUCGGACUCAACGCGGCGACUGGGGAUUAUGUUGACCUGGUCAAGGCGGGGAUCAUCGAUCCGGCACUCGUCGCGAAGAGCGCGAUCGUGAACGCAGCGUCUGUUGCGGGCUUGAUGCUCACGACGGAUGUGAUGCUGACUGAACUCAAGGAAGACGCGGAGCCGGUCGUUGGAGCGGAGACUGACAUGUCAGUAAACCAGUUUGUAGCCAUUUCGCGCGAGAAGUUACCAUCGGUUGCUGAUUGGGAAAAUGCUGUAAAGAAGAUCGGAUUUGAUGUACGGAUUGAUCCCGUAGAUAUUGCAAGUCACACUGGAUAUUUGCCUGUACAGUUCUUGGAUCAAAGCACAGGCUUUGAACUGUAUGUGAUCGGCACUCAAGAAAUUGAAGGGAUUGAGAUCGAUCUUGCCAGACACGAUCUGGUAGUACAACUCACCACAUUUAGUGAUGAGCUCGAGGGAAUGGAUAGCUGGGAGUUAAGGAAUCGCAUGACGACUACACGCGACUAUUACGAGGUAUUGGGGGUAGACAAAUCUGCGGAUGCGGAUGAGAUUAAGCGCGCGUAUCGGCGUCUGGCGAUGAAGCACCAUCCGGAUAAGAAUCCGGAUGACAAGGAAGCGGAAGCGAAGUUCAAGGAAGCCGCGGAAGCGUAUGAGGUGCUCAGCGACGACAAUAAGCGGAAGAUCUAUGACCAGUACGGGCAUGAUGGUCUGCGUGGUCAGGGGGCGGCGACGCAUGACUUUAAUCGGAUGAAUGUCGAUGACAUCUUCUCGAUGUUCAACGACAUCUUCGGUGGUGGGGGCGGCGGCUUCGGUGGUCAGGCGCGUGGCGGUCGUCGGGCGUCGGCUCGUGGGUAUGACCUUGAGACGCAGGUGUCACUGACGCUUGAAGAGGUGCUCAGCGGGGCGACGAAGGAUGUUGAGUUCACGCGGAUGGAUGUCUGCGAGACGUGCACUGGAUCGGGCGCGAAGCCUGGGACGACUCCGGAGUCGUGUGGUCAGUGUGGCGGUCAGGGGAAGGUCCAGCAAGCGGGGCUUGGUGGGAUGUUCCGGAUGGUCGUCGCGUGUCCGGCGUGUCGGGGACGCGGGACGGUGAUCAAGGAGAAGUGCGGGUCGUGUCAUGGACGCGGGCGUGUUGGGAAGAAGCGUUCGCUUUCUGUGAAAAUCCCGGCGGGCGUGCAUCAUGGUCAAGCGGUGCGCGUGCAGGGUGAGGGGGAACCGCCUGCGGCGGAGCACAGUCCGGAUGGGACUGGGGUUCGUGGCGAUCUGCAUGUCGUGGUGCGUGUUGAGGAUCAUGAGCUGUUUGAGCGUGAUGGGGAUCAUCUGCUGAUGGAGAUGCCGAUCAGCUUUACGCAGGCGUCGCUCGGCGCGGAGCUUGAGGUCCCAACGCUUGAGGGGUCCGAAUCGCUGACGAUCAAGAAGGGGACGCAGUACGGCGAGCUUUUGCGGAUCGAGGGGGCGGGGCUCCCGAAUCUGCGGACUGGUCGUCGCGGGGAUUUGGUAGUGAUCGUGAAGAUCGAGACUCCGAAGAAGCUGACGAGCAAGCAGGAAGAGCUCCUGCGUGCGUUUGCGGAGACUGAGGACAAGCAUGUGAAUCCUGAGAGCCAUGGAUUCUUCAAGAAGAUCACGGUGAGUUCUGAGGAGAUCAGCGAGAUCGAAUCGGGGUUCGAUGCGGACAAGUCCGCACGGUUUGAGACAAUCCGUCAGAUGGCGCUGAGCGGCGAGCUUGAGUAUGGUCCUGAGAGCGAGGAGAUUGUUGAGACGCUGAUCGAGACGAUCGGUCAGCGGGACGACAACUUCGGUCGCUUCCAGGCGAUGGCGGCUGAGCAUCAGAACUUCCAACGCCGAGCUUCGAUGAACGAGAACGAGGCGCGGAUCUCGUCGCGUCAGGGAGUGGUGCAGGCGUUGAUCCCGCUGAUGGAUCACUUCGAGAUGGCGCUGAUGCAGGAUCCGGAGAAGGUAUCAGCGAAGGAUGUCAUCGCGGGUGUGGAGAUGAUCCGGAGCGAGUUCCUGCGGAUGCUGUCGGGGUACGGCGUGAGCGCGAUUGAACCUAAGGUCGGCGAUGUGUUUGAUCCUGGUCCGCACGCGGCGAUGAUGCAGCAGGCGGGUGAGGGGAUCGAGCCGGGGCAUAUCUCGGUGGUGAUGGGGGUUGGGUAUAAGCUCGGCGAUCGGGUGAUCCGUCCCGCGAAGGUGGGGGUUGCUCCGGAGGCAUCGGAUUCUGAUGAGUUCGAGCUGUUCCAGUCGAUGAGUGCUGGGGUGAAGAAGAAGUGUCCCGAGUGCGGGAAGAUGGCGCUUGAGCGGCUCAUUGGUACUGGCGCGGCGGUGAUGUUCAAGGGGUCGGGGUUCUACGAGACCGAUUACCGGAGCGAUUCGUACAAGAAGAGCGCGGAAGCGGACAAGAAGGCGUCGGAGACCAAGCCGGAAACCAAAACAAAGUCAGAGAGCAAGACCGAUUCGAAAGCUGGGAUCAUCGGUCACGGGGUGGACAUCGUUGAGGUUGCGCGGAUCGAGCAGUCCCUCCAGAAGCAUGAAGAAUCGUUUCUCAAGAAAUGCUUCACCCAACAAGAGGUGAAUGAUUCGGGUGAUUCCAGUCGACGCGUUGAGCAUCUCGCGGCGCGGUUUGCGGCGAAGGAAGCGGCGCUCAAGGCGAUCGGGACGGGGUGGAGUCAGGGGAUCGGGUGGACGGAUGUCGAGGUCGUUCGGCUCGACUCUGGGAAACCUGAACUCCGCGUGAGCGGAAAGGCGCAGGAGAUCUCUGAGUCGAUGGGGAUCGAUCGGUGGUUUGUGUCGCUGUCGCAUACGAAGUCGGUACUCAUGACGGACGUGAUCCGCUCGACUCAACAGGGGGACUCGCACGGCGGGGCGUACCUGAUCGAUCUUGAAUCGGGCGCGCAUGAGCAGGUUCUGGACUGGAAUCGGGUGGAUAUCGACUGGGAAGGGCGCGGGAUGGGGCGUGGGUUGCGGGGGAUCUGCUUUGUCCAUGACGAGAUCUAUAUCGCGGCUUCGGAUGAGCUGUUCGUCUUUGAUCGCGAUUGGAACAUUGUUCGAUCGUUCAAGAAUCGGUUCUUGCACCACUGUCACGAGAUUUCGUAUGACGGGGAGCGGUUCAUCUAUCUGACCUCGACGAGCUUUGAUUCGGUGCUGCGGUUUGAUACGCAGACGAACGAGUUUGAUCGCGCGUGGUGGUUCGGGGUUGGGAAUGGGACGGUUGGCUGCAAGGAAUAUGAUCCGAAUGGCGAGCAGGGGCCGCCGCAUGCGGACACGCUGCAUCUGAAUCAGGUGUUUGUGCAUGGUGGGGUGGUGUAUGUCUCGGCGCUGCUGCUCGGGAUGAUGUGGAGCGUUGACGUACGGACUGGUCAGGUUUCGAUGUUUGCCAAGAUCCCGGUCAAGACGCACAACUGUCAACCCAUCAGCGGGGGGCUGGUGCUGAUGAACUCGACGGGGGAGGAUUGUGUCGUGAUCUCGGAUCGGCGCGGCAAGAUCAUGAAGCGGUUCUCGUAUCCGAUCUAUGACGAGGCGGAGCUCGCGCAUGCAGGGAUCAGCGAGGACUUUGCGCGACAGGGGUUUGGGCGCGGAUUGUGUUUGGCGGGUGAUGGGGGGCUGGUGAUCGCGGGGUCGUCUCCUGGGACGGUGAGCGCGUUUGAUCGCAAGUCUGGUGAGAUGGUUGCGUCGGUGAAUGUGUCGAUGGAUAUCCGCAAUGACGACUCGCGGAGUUAUCGCGGGAUUGAUCUGCUUGUUGCGGGAGCGCAUAUCGCGGAUGUUGUGGACGGGGCAGCUUCGCCGAGGAUCGGGAUCUUGGUUCCGACAUCGGGCGGGUUUGCUGCCGCGGCGUAUGGGGUUUGGCUGAGCGGCAAGACGAUCGUGCCUUUGAACUAUCUGAGCGAGCAGGAGACGCUCGAUUACAUCAUCGAAGAUGCGGGGUGUGAGCUGGUGCUCGCGUCUCGUCGUCUUGUUGAGCAUCUGGGGUUUGUGCCAAAGUGCAAGCGGAUUGUGUAUCUGGAGGACCUGAACUUCAAGUCGCUCCCGAGUCCGCGUCUACCCAAGAUAGUGGGGUUCGAGGAACUCGCGGUGGUGCUGUACACGUCGGGGACUUCUGGGAAACCCAAGGGUGUGAUGCUGACACACUCGAACAUGCUGAGCAAUGUGAAGCAGGUUCAUGAGCACAUCGCGAUCGAGCCGGGAGAUGUGUUCUUGGGUGUGCUGCCUCAGUUCCAUUCGUUCGGGAUCACGGCGUUGACGCUGUUGCCUUUGCUGUAUGGGUGCAAGGUGGUGUACUCGGCGCGGUUUGUUCCCAAGCGUGUGAUCGAAGCGAUCGAGAAGCACGGCGCGACAAUCUAUGUCGGGAUCCCGUCGAUGUACAACGCGUUGAUGACGGUCAAGAGUGUUCAAGAGGAUUCGUUCAAAUCGUUACGGCUUGCGAUUAGUGGUGGGGAGCCGCUGCCGAAGGAUGUUUCGGAUCGGUUUUAUGAGCGGUUUGGUAAGCGGAUCUGUGAGGGGUACGGGAUGACGGAGACGGCUCCGGUGACCAAUGUGAUGCUCCCGAAUGAGAACCAGAAGAUCGGCGCGGUGGGGAGAGCACUGCCUGGCGUGGUGCAGCGGAUUGUUGAUCCCGAAUCUGGGCGUGAUGUUGGGUUUGAUGUUGAUGGUGAGCUUCGCAUUGGUGGUCCCAAUGUGAUGAAGGGGUACCUGAAUCUUCCGGAGUUGACUGCGGAGGUGUUCGAUGAGUUUGGGCAUCUGAAAACCGGUGACAUGGCGCGGAUUGAUGAAGACGGGUUCUUGUCGAUCACGGGGCGGAUUAAGGAGAUGCUGAUUGUGGGGGGCGAGAACGUGUUCCCGCGCGAGAUUGAGGAGGUGCUCAACGCGCAUCCAUCGGUCGCGGCUUCGGGGGUGGUGGGUCAGUCCGAUCCGAUGCGAGGCGAGGUGCCUGUUGGUUUUGUGGAGCUUGAGGAGGGGGAGUCGCUAGAGGGUGAUGAGCUGAUCCGAUGGUGCCGAGAUCGGCUAGCGGGGUACAAGGUCCCUCGGCGCGUGGUGGUGCUUGAGGAGAUGCCGAGAAACCCGACUGGGAAGGUACUUCGCAGGGCAUUGUCAGAGAUGCUCAAGGAAGAGAUUGCCUAG